CAGCAAUGCCGACAACCAUUGCCUUUAGUGUCGUGGGUCAAUGGUUCGAGGCCAGGAAGGGCAUCGCAACCGGCUGCGUUACGCUGGGCGCACCGUUGGGGGGCAUCUUCUUCUCACUGCUCCUCCAGGUCUUGUUCGACAGGUUCCCGUGGAAGACGGCGGCUCUCGUGCUGGCAGCCACGAUGGCCUGUCUGUUGUCCUUGGGCUCCUUGCUGGUGGAGACCAACUUGCCUGUGCAACCAGCGAACGAGGACUCAGAGCCCGCACUAUCGAGCGUGUUGAGAUCGCCCAAGUUCUGGCUGGUCAGCUAUGCUGUUUUUGCGUACGAACUUGUUCUCUUCGUCCAAUGGGGCACUAUCCCUUCAUAUGCCGUCUCGGCGAACGUCGGGAACAAACAAUUCUACCUGAUGAUGUCGUACAACAUUGGCGCAGUCAUGGGCCGAACACUUCCCCCGUGGUUAUCUGACCGGGCUCUGGGUCCACUGAACGCUAUCAUCGUGAUGAACAUUUUCACGCUGCUCGUCGUGCUAGCCAUAUGGCUACCCGUUGGGGGAUCUUCCGUGGCAGCGCUGUUCGUCGUCAUGGUCCUCAUGGGCAUCGGAACCGGGAGCUUCGUUCCCCUUGGCGUUUCGUGCAUUAAUGCACUCUGCACUCCGGAACACACCGGGACCUGGCUCGGGUCUGCCUACAGCAUCGUCUCGGUUGCGACUCUGUUGGGGAACCCGGUUUCGUCAGCAAUCCUCGCCCGAUACCAUUGUGACGGGCUCCUGGCCUUUCUCGCCGCCGUCCUCUUUUCGGGCAUGAUCAGCGCCGCCGCUCUUCGAUGGCUCUUCCACGGCCGCCGGUGGAUCUUCAAGGCGAGAGUUUGAGGUUGGCUGUUCGAACGGCAGCUCCCCGGCCUUGGUUGGUCGAGAAGUUCCCAAGAUCGGGCUGAGCGUGCGUGUCCGGGUGACACGGCAGAACACGGCAUGCUCUGUACGGAGUAAGCCCCGCGAAAUAACAAGCCUGUACAAGAGUUUGAUGCACCUGCGUGAGAAGUUGCUGUUGAACAGCACUCCUUCCUGCAAGGGCUUUUGCUACGAUUGGGCAGUGACCACCUGCAGUGGGUGGUCUGGCGACCGAGGCGCACAAACACCCAGGUGGAGUGCCGGUGAGCGGUGCCGUCUGAUGUGUACAAUACACUCGUUACGUGGAGGUGCCGCAGGCGGCAUCACUGGCAGCGAGUGCGGGAAGACGGAGUACGGAGUACACUACAAUGGGCACGCCCAUAAUGAAGCGCCGGCUUUCCAGUAACCCUGAGGCCCCAGCUGCGAGACGGUGAUCUGCGUGCAUCACAACCCCGUUGGGUUACACGACAGAUCCAAAUCCUUGGUCCCAACCGGGCUAGUGGACGGUUGCGCACGCCCGCCGGCAGCCUGUCAUCGAGAUUUCGCCGCUCAGUGCUACUCAACACAACCCUCUUCUGCCUCCGGACAUUGUGACAUAACUUAUA